CCCCUGUCGAUAUUUUUGCAGUGUGGAUCACUUUCAAACGACGCCUGUCAGCAAAACCAGACGGUACGUCUAACUUCGACGACUUCAUUCAUCAAACCACACUCGGCUACUUAUUGAGCUCAAGUCUCGAUCUAAUACACACAGACAUUAGUAGUUUUCGUGUUAAGCUCACCCGAAUCGCAUCCACGAUGGACGUCAGCGACGUGACUCCAGAGUUGGAACAGCUGGAGCUGGACCUCAACACACUCCAGGAAGUACUUCAACCACUUUUGAGUGAUGUCGGCGAUGUUUCGUCCAAGAUGCCACUUCUCGACAAGGCCAAGCUUUAUGUCUUGGUGUGCUAUGCGAUUGAAUCACUCAUAUUCUCGUCGUUGCGCCUAAAUGGAGCUGAUGCAAAAAGCCACCCCGUUUUCACAGAGUUAACCCGCGUCAGGCAGUACUUUGAGAAGAUCCAGAAACUCGAGUCACCCCCAGAAGAGCGUGAAAACACGGUCAACACCGAGGCGGUGGCUCGCUUUGUCAGGAAUGAUCUGGCCGACAACAAGGACAUCAAGAACAAGCUGACGGAGCUGAUUGCCAAAGAAAAAGCGAAGGCCGAAGCCAAAGCCGCCACGGCUGCUGCGGAAAAGAAGCGGCCUGCAGAGAACUCAACAUCAGAAGUUCGUCCUGAAGAAGCUGGGAACAAGAUUGCCAAACGGCCGAAGCGUGAUGGAUCCAAGAAGAAGAAAUGA